AUGUCUCGAGCUGCCACGCCCCACGCGCCCGCGUCAGCACGCGCCUCACUCCCUCCCACGGGUGCCGCGACGCCAGCUCCGCAAGCUCUAGCUUCUGCUUCCCCAGGCCUUCCGCCGCCGACUAGCUUCGACAUCCUUCCUGAUCUCCACAAGCUUCUCAAGCGUCUGCUCGACGCGGCACCCGCAUCUGCUCCCACACACUCGAAUGCAGGUGCAGACGGCCCUCUCGACAUCCAGCAUGUGGCCACGGCUGCUACAGAUAUCAGGCUGAAGAUGCAGAGGGCGCAGCGCGCUGUCAUGGCCCUGCCCGAGCUCGACAGAACCUGUGAGGACCAACAGGAGGAGAUUGAAGACCUCGAGGCACGCAUUGCCCGUCUGAAGGCUUCUUUGCGCGAGCUUGGCCGUCCCACAGACUCUGCGCGAGACCGAGACCAACGUAUGACGGGAUGA